GACUAGCUGAGGUUCUGCCCCCUCUAACAUAAAGCCUGCCCUCCCCAAGAUUUUUCUUAGGGGGGGCAAGCCUUUGGGGGGGCAGAACCUCAAGGAGCUAUGCAUUUUUAUUGAUUUCUGGGUGGCAGCUGCCCCUUCCUGGCGACGCCCCUGACUAGCUGAGGUUCUGCCCCCUCUAAUAUAAAGCCUGUCCCUCCCCCCCAGCAAAAAAAUCCUGCAUGCAAAGGAGCUCCCUUUCGUCUGAGAACUGCUGGGCUUAGUCGCGAGCAAGUGGUGACCCCUUCUCCCGCCGCCGUGCCGCGCAGGAAUUGCCCGGGGACGAGCAUUGGGCGAAAUGCAAAGACGUCUCCCGUGCUUUUCCUUAAGCGGCGAAGGGGAGAAAGGCGAGACGCGAGCACGCGCCGGCACCCCGCCCCGUCCAGGCGCGUCCCCGCCCUGCGGCUCUCCGGGCGGGGGCCACGUGAUUUCCUGGAAGAGGGCAAGGCGCUAGGUCUCUUUAAGUUUCGCUUUCCACUUUGCAAACGCUGCCAGUCGCUGCGACGGGCGGGUUGGACGGCGGGGUCCCCUUCUGUCUCCGUUGCACUCGCGCGCCCCAGCCAUGGCUCAGCUGCUGCGCGCGCCCUCGGCCCCUUCCCUGGUGGGCUUGGAAGAGGAGCUGACGUGCUCCAUCUGCCUGUGCGUUUUCGAGAGCCCCGUGACCACCCCGUGCGGCCACAACUUCUGCCUGCCUUGCCUGGAGAUGACCUGGUCGGGCUUGCUGAGGAACUUCUGCUGCCCUCAGUGCAGGAGCUCCUUCGACAGUCGCCCCGAGCUGAAGAAAAACACGGUCCUCUGCAGGGUGGUGGAGCAGUUCCAGAGCGCCCAAGGCGAGCCCGCCGAGAAGAAGAAAGGCCUUGGAGAUGCCACCACCAAAACCACCAGCAGCAGCAGCACCCGCUCUUCGGUGGCCUGUGACAGUUGCCUGGAGAAGGUGGCCGACAAAACCUGCCUCACCUGCAUGGCCUCCUUCUGCCCGGAGCACCUGCGGCCGCACCUAGAGAGCCCCGCCUUCAAGGGCCACCAGCUGGUGCCGCCGGUGAAGGACCUCCAGCGCCGGAAGUGCCAAACCCACCAGAAACUCCUGGAGUUCUACUGCAAGGAGCACAACAGCUGCAUCUGCUGUUUUUGCUUGGUCACGCACAAGGCGUGCGCCACCGUCCCCUUGCAAGAGGCCAAGGACGAGAAGGAGGUGAGACGGGGCCUUGGCCAGCUUCUGGCGCCGUCCAGGUGUACAGCCGUACCUUGGAAAUCAAAUGGAAUCCGUUCCGGAAGUCUGUUUGACUUCCAAAACAUUCGGAAACCAAAGCACGGCUGUCGAUUGGCUGUAGGAAGCUCCUGCUGCCAAUCGGAAGCCCCGUCGGACGUUCGGCUUCCAAAAGAACGCUCGAAAACUGGAACAGUCACUUCCGGGUUUUGGUCGUUCGGGAGCCAAGGCGUUUGAGAUCCAAGGUACGACUGUAUUGGAUUCCCAAAUCCUGUCAGCCCUGGCCAGCACAGCCAAUGGUCAGAGGGGCGACAUGGAGAUUGUCAUCUAAAUUUGGAAGGCGUGUGGCCAGGGAAAGGCUGGUUUGUGUCGCAAAUGUAGCUCAUGCGGCCUUGCGGUUAGGCAGUCGCCUGGUAGGCACAGAGGCAAGUGAGCAGGCUGGUUGAGGAGGGGCAGAGCACUAUGGUUUGGCAACAGAGCGUGUGUUCAUGGCGUCCGGGAAGGGGGCACAGUGGGCGAACAGAACCCACCACGUCCCAACCCAGCUCUCAACCAAACCAGAACAGCACCAGCCCUGAGCCGCUUUGCGAGGCCUUGCAAAGUGGCUCAAGGAGGGCAGUGAGAGAAGCACGCUGUGUACCCUUCGAUCCAUGGACAUAGCUAGGAUUUAUGUUGGAGGGCAGGACACCCGCUGGUCAUCCUCUGUCUGGCUCUGUCCAACAGAUUCAGAAUGAACUGUAUCAACAUUUCUUUUCUUUUGACCCCAAGUGCUCAAAAUCUUUCUACUAUUUCUACUUUUAGUCAAAUAUUUCUAUUUAUUUGCUUGAUUUGGAGGAGCGAAGCUGCCCCUUCCCCCUGGCUAUGCCCAGGGACUGGGCUCAAAGGACAUGUGGCUGUUGCUUUUUUAUCACGGCACCCUCCUCGGAGCCUAGCCUUGUGAAGUUAUAGUUUCUAUGCUGGGUGAAAAGGUGAGACAACUGGGCUGGUGGAGGAGGGAGGCAUGCUAUUCAAAAAUCACAAUGUGAAGAAAACUCUGAAGCCAGCCAAUGCCUCUACAUAGCCACCCCCCCCCGUUAUUUCAGACAUUGCAAUAUACAGUUGUACCUUGGUUGUCAAACGCCUUGGCAUUCGGACGUUUUGGCUUCUGAACGCUGCAAACCUGGAAGUGACUGUUCCAGUUUGCAAACGUUCUUUGGAACCCAGACGUCCGACAGGGCUUCCAAUUGGCUGCAGGAGCUUCCUGCAGCCAAUCGGAAGCCUCGCUUUGGUUUCCAAACGUUUGGGAAGUUGAACGGACUUCCGGAACAGAUUCCAUACGACCACUAUACUCGUAUAUUCCAACAUUUAGCUGGUGAUAUGUUACAAAGUUAAAAAACAGGUAUUGCCCAACCUUAGUCAGGAAUGGUCAGGAAGUAUAGGAGGUGCAGUGUGUUAAUAUCCGGAGGGAAGCGGGUUCCUGUUUUUUGCUCAAGAGCAGGAACGGCGUGUCUGUGGAUGUCGAUAGCUGAUCUGUACUCUUAAAGCGGAGCCUCUUUUAUUCUCUUACAGUCCCAACUGAAGCAGAGACUAACGGAACUCUAUGCUCUGAACGAGAAGGCUUUGCAGUCCUUGGACCAAGUGCGAGUGCAGCAGAAGCAAACCAGUGUAAGGAAUGAUUCGUGUUUUCACAGCUUGCUUUUGAUGAGAGGGGCGGGAGAUUUGUGCACCACAAGCGACCCGCCUUGAGUUGAAAGGGAAGACCAAGAUGGCGGAUGUGAGCCUCAGUCAGAUAGCUGGUGGCCAGCUGGUUAACAUCAGCCUGCCGUACCACAGUCUUACACUGCUGGUGGCAAUAGGUAUUUUCUAUUAUCCCUGGAAACAGCUCACAAACGUGAUGAAGCAGACUCAUUUUCCUACUCAUAUUGAAAUACUGCCCCUCAGUGAGGCCAAACUUAGAUCCACAAAAUGUUUAGGGGUAUGCGUAUCCCUGCGUCCCCCCAGAAAAAAGCACUCUGUGUGUGUGCGUGUGUAUUAUAAUAAUUAUUAAAUUUUCUAAAUUACAUUUCAGAAUAUUCAUUUAAACAACCUUAAAUGAAUGACUUCCCUUCUUCUCUUUCUGUGGUUCAAUUUGCAUUCCGUACAUCCCUGCAUAUUUUACAGCAUGAACUAAAUCAUUCAGUAAUCCAGUGUUACACCCAUUAAAUCUUAUUUACAGAGUGUUUCUUUUUAAGGCACAACAUGCAACAAAAGGUUCUUGUGUCUCCAAAUAGGGCUCAGGUUUGGAAGCUGCCUUUUGGUAUUUAGAACCUGACCAUUUUAUUAUACCUGUAGAGCAGGUUGUAAGGGACGCUGGUGGCGCUGUGGUCUAAACCACUGAGCCUAGGACUUGCUGAUCAGAAGGUCGGUGGUUCGAAUCUCCGCGACGGGGUGAGCUCCUGUUGUUUGGUCCCAGCUCCUGCCCACCUAGCAGUUUGAAAGCACGCCAAAGUGCAAGUAGAUAAAUAGGUACCACUCCAGCGGGAAGGUAAACGGCGUUUCCAUGCACUGCUCUGGUUCACCAGAAGCGGCUUAGUCAUGCUGGCCACAUGACCCGGAAGCUGUACACUGGUUCCCUUGGCCAAUAAAGCGAGAUGAGCGCCGCAACCCCAGAGUCAUCCACGACUGGACCUAACAGUCAGGGGUCUCUUUAACUUUAGAGCAGUUUGUAUGCUACCUCUGGAGAGUAGCAAAGGGGUCCUGCUUUCAUUUCCUCCUGAAACACCCCUAUGCAGCAAGGGGCAGUCUUUCAUUUAACCUUGCGGCAUACAUCUCUGCCCAUCCCUUAGUAGAGGCAUAGGCAAACUUGGCCUUCCAGAUGUUUUGGGACUACAACUCCCAUCAUCCCUAUCUAACAGGACCAGUGGUCAGGGAUGAUGGGAGUUGUAGUCCCAAAACAUCUGGAGGACUGAGUUUGCCUAUGCCUGCCUUAGUACUUCCUGUAACUAUGCUGGCGACUUGAGUAGACCCAUUCCUUCUCUCCGUUUCCCACAGCCCCACCCUCCACCUCCGAUUUCAUCUACCAUUUCCCUUCUUAACUGACACCACAACAUUUCAUACAUCCUGAAAGCUCACGGUUAUUUGUCAAUCCCUUUUGGGGUUUUUUUUUUUUUUUAAGUUUUCUUUCUCAUUUCCAAAAAUUUUCUGUACCUUAGAAGUCUCUCCCUUUUUGUACAGGUGACUCUUUUCCAAGCCAUGUCCUCUUGAGUGGGGAGUAGACAGAGAAUAUGCAGUUUAUUAAAUUUGUUUUUUAAAAAAAUAAAAAUGCCUAUUUUAAAAUGCAUGCUAAGGUCUUAGUGAAUAAAACAUUUCAUUUUUUAAAUAAUAAUUUUUAUUAAUUUUCAGUUUCAAUCCAAUAAUAGCCUCAUUAUAACAAGACCAAAUCAUAAUACAGUUACUAAUACCAAUUGUUCAAAUACCAAAUUACAUAAUUUACGUGGCCUCCCGCAUGCUAGAAUUGAUGGUUUGAUUAUUUUCUUUAUUUCUGCGUUCCAAAAUCUUACUAAUUUCAAUUACAUUCUGGUCAAAAUAAUAAUCCCUUAUACAACAACUGCAGUAUUAAUAACUUCUAUUUGUGUUGACAUAUUAGAUGAUUUAUAGAACUAAAACAUUUCAGAAAGCUGUGUUCAACAUUCACUUGAGGCUCCAGCUUUCUUCUUCGUGAUCCCCCACCUUUUUGCCAUAUAAAAAUCUGACAACAUUAAGCUUAUUCAGUACUGAUCAUGUAGAGUUCUCAUUUGGCCUAAUUACCCAUUAUCACUUUCUGAACUCUUAUUUCCAAAUUUUUUUUUUUUUUUUGUUUUUUUUUUUUUGUCUCUUCAGGAUACAGCUAAUCGGAAGUUGGACCUGCUGAAGGCAGAAUUCCUGGAAAUUAUUGCUUUAAUUGAAGAGGAAGAAAAAGAAGCUGUGAAGAAAGUCCUAGCGGAGGAGAAAAGAGUCCAAGAUAAAUACGAAUAUGUCUAUAAAGUGCUGGGAAAGAAGAAAACCGAAAUCCAGGGAGCGAGAGACCAAAUUGAAGUGACCUUGACAGAGGAUGACGACAUCACAUUCUUAAAGGUAAACCUCUGUUUCCCUGAACCAGGGCCGGAUUUAGGUUUGAUGAGGCCACAAGCCACUGAAGGUAAUGGGGCCCUUUAUAUGUCCAGCUGCCCUUUGUCAACAACAAAUUGUCACUGUUUUUUGUGUUGAAUAUAUGCUAUAUGGUUAUUUAUGGACCUAACAGUUCAAUACACAACACAAAACACUGUUGCUGUAUGUAGGUUUUAUAUUAUUUGUUUUUUAUCUUAUAUUUUGGAAAUGUAUGUCCAGUUUUUUCCCCUUUAAAUUUUUUUGGGGCCUCCCGAGAGAGUGGGGCCCUAAGCUAUAGCUUGUUUAGCUUAUACGUAAAUUCAGCACUGUCCUGAACUCUGUUCAGUCCUGAACUGAUUUCCUAGGCUUGGGUGCCACUAUAUUUCCAUCUGCGCAAACGCUGCAUGGCAGCAGCUUCCUACGACUGCUGCUCCAGAGGGCAGUAUGUGAUUAUUACUCCCUUCCAGACAAAGAUAAAGAAGUAAAGGACUCCUGGAUGGUUAAGUCAAGUCAAAGGUGACUAUGGGGUUCCGGCACUCAUCUCGCUUUCAGGCUGCGUUUGUCCACAGACAGCUUUCCAGGUCAUGUGGCCAGCAUGACUAAACUGCUUCUGGUCCAACGGGACACCGUGACGGAAGCCAGAGCUUCCUGCCACAGUGGUACCUAUUUAUCUACUUGCACUGGUGUGCUUUCAAACUCCUAGGUUGGCAGGAGCUGGGACAGAGCAACGGCAGCUCACUCCAUCGCAGGGAUUUGAACCACCAACCUUCUGGUCGGUAAGCCCAAGAGGCUCAGUGGUUUAGACCACAGCACCACCGGCGUCCAGACAGGAAGGGGAUGUGACAGUGUGUAAGAGCAGAAAUCCUCAUGAGAUCAUCUGCUUUUAUUUCAGAAGGCAGCAAAACUCCGGCAGUUACCCAUCAAAGAUGUCUUCAUACCUAAACUAGAAUUGGAUCAAAACUUGAUACACACCGUUUAUCAAAAAGCCUUUGGCCUCAAAGAAAACGUGAAACAGUUCUUGGCUCAACCCCAGGAGAAGAAAAAAGAAGGUACAGUGGUACCUCGGGUUACAUACGCUUCAGGUUACAGACUCCGCUAACCCAGAAAUAGGACCCCGGGUUAAGAACUUUGCUUCAGGAUGAGAACAGAAAUCAUGCUCCGGCAGCACAGAGGCAGCAGGAGGCCCCAUUAGCUAAAGUGGUGCUUCAGGUUAAGAGCAGUUUCAGGUUAAGUAUGGACCUCCAGAACGAAUUAAGUACUUAACCUGAGGUACCACUGUACUUGGCCUGUUUUGUUUACUAGCAUGUGUCUCUUGCUUAUUGUAUCUCAGUGCACACUGUAUUGAAGUUUUAAAGACUAAAUGGUUUUGGUAUAAAUUAUGAGAAUCACAGGUCCAGGGUCUCUCAAACUACUGCUUAUAACGACAGAAAACCAUGUUUUUCUUAAUUACCCAUUACGUAUUAAUGUGAAUGUGGGUGAAGGUGGGAGUCCGAUUGAUUUGUAAAUUCUGCAUAGUAACUGACUUGGAGUGAGGAGACCUAGGUUAGAAACACAGAUAUAUAUAAGUUAGGCGCCAAAAAGCUCCUUAAACCAGGGCUUCAGUCUCCAAAACAGAAUGCCUAGUUGCCAUUUUGGGGCAGCCGGCUCAAAAGACGUAUUUUCCAGUACAACUUUUUGGUUCCUGAAAUUCAUUCUGACUGUGCAGAUAAAAUACAACAGAUAGAAUUCUACAGGAUGUGUUGCUAGUGUGUGAAAACAGUCAAGAUCCAGGCAUGCACCUGCAGGUGGGGGAGACGUUGGGCACCAUCCUGGCGCCCGCGCAUCUUCCCUUGGUUACAUGUGUCUGAUAGCCAGGUACAAAAUGCGCCUGGUGAAUUUCGAAUGCUAUUUGAAUCCCUUGGUCCAGUCUCUUGGCCUCACACCUCUCUGUCUGUAAAAUGGGUUUACAAAUAGUGUUCCCAUUGCAGUGGCGAUUCUGGGUAGCUUAUUCUAACCAACUGAGCUAUCCGCCCACCGGGAAUAAUUCUUUCGGCACAUCGGCAAGGAGCAAAUUUGGAACUGUUUGCCAAAAUAACUUUAGGCAACAGAUCCAAACCACACCACCAGAUGUGUACAUCUGUGGCGUUGUUCCCAGGGGGAAACCAGGGCAAAGCACAUCGUGAGAAACUCUGCAUGUCCAUACAUGCACACAUAUACUUUACUUUCAGGAGCCGCACAGCGGAAACCGAAGCCUUUUGUGCAGCCAGGGGGGGAAAUUGCUGCAUCCAGUAAGUGAAAAUGCAUGUGACCCCCGCUGCUUGCUAAAUUCUUUUUGCAGUAGCAAAGACGCCUCUUAACUCCAGCCUUGGUUGCUAAGUGGGUGGAAGGUCCUACGACAGACACAUCGCUUCCAGUCCUGCGCAUGCCUGUUCCUCCUUUUGCCUGGCUGUCUUUUAAGAUAUGCAGCAAGAUUCUUGCUUGCUGCAGAAAACCCAAUAUGACCACCCUUCUAACUAGUGUUUUCUUUUCAAAGGUGCACCAAAGAGAGACGACCCUCCAUCAACAUCUUCACAGGCGAAGAAGACAGAAGAGGAUGCUGCAGCUGCUGCUGCUGCAGACACUAGUGAGUGUUGAGGACACAAAUUAUUAUUGAUAAUUUCCAGAGUGUCUCUCUCUCUCUCUCUCUCUCUCUCCUCUUGUGUGAGCAAGCAGAGCUAUGGGGAUAAGAGAUUACAGGAAGCCAGGGGCUCCUCCCAAGUUUUCUUACGUACGCAGCCUAAGUUGUUAAUCUUUGAGAAGGUGGAUAUUUAUUGUCUUUGGGCAGACAGCUAUAAUGGUUGGCCUUCCCAAAGAUAAACGCUGUGGCGUAGCAGUUGGGACACUGGAUUAAGGGUAAAGGUAAAGGGACCCCUGACCAUUAGGUCCAGUCGUGGCCGACUCUGGGGUUGCGGUGCUCAUCUCGCUUUAUUGGCCGAGGGAGCCGGCGUACAGCUUCCGGGUCAUGUGGCCAGCAUGACUAAGCCGCUUCUGGCAAACCAGAGCAGCGCACAGAAAUGCCGUUUACCUUCCCGCCGGAGCGGUACCUAUUUAUCUACUUGCACUUUGACGUGCUUUCCAACUGCUAGGUUGGCAGGAGCAGGGACCGAGCAACGGGAGCUCACCCCGUCGUGGGGAUUCGAACCGCCAACCUUCUGAUUGGCAAGCCCUAGGCUCUGUGGUUUAACCCACAGCGCCACCCACGUCCCAGAGGACACUGGAUUAGAAGGAGCCAAAUUCAAACCCUCACUCUGCCGUGAACCUUGGGCAGGCUAGACGUUCUUGGCCUAACCUACUUCGCAAGGUUGUUAGGAGGAUUAAAUGGGAGAGAUUUGUGUAUGCCACCUUGAGCUCCUUGGGGGAAAGGGGGAACAGUAAAGAUGAAUCAUUCUGGAAAUAAUAAUAAUAAUAUUUCGCUCAUCUGGCUGGGUUGCCCCAGCCACUGGGCGGCUUCCAACACAUAUAAAAAUGCAGAUUUUGGAUUCUAAGAUAACGGUAGAGUACCUGCACACUUUAAAGCCUGUUUGUUGCAAGUCAAACUCUGGAAAUGUCCCUAGAUUUGAAUACGCCACUCCCUCUCUGCCCAAGCAGUGCUUGAGACUCUCCAUGUUAUUUUUAAAAAAAUCUUAUUUAUUGAUUUUUCACCCAAAAACUUUACAAAUUUUAACAUAAACCACAUGCUUCUUUGCCCAUUGAUUUCCCAUCUUCCCUUUCCACAAUUUUCAUAUUACUUACCCUUAAACGCUGCACAUUUCACCUAUAGAAUUCAAGACAUCCAUGCUAACCCACUUACCUUAAUAAUUCAUACAGUCGUACCUUCGAAGCCGAAUGCCUUGGCUCCCGAUCAGAUCGGCUCCCGAACGAUCGAAACCCGGAAGUGAGGGUUCUGGUUUUCGAACGAUUUUUGGAAGCUGAACAUCCGGCGCAGCUUCUGUGGCUUCUGAUUGGCUGCAAGACGCUCCUGCAGCCAAUCGGAAGCCGCGCUUUGGUUUCCGAACGGCUCCGGAAUGCAUUCUGUUUGAAAACCAAGGUACCACUGUAUUUCAAAUCCUACUCGCGUCUGUUUUUCUCUCUGUAAAGGUAAAGGGUAAAGGGACCCCUGACCAUUAGGUCCAGUCGUGACCGACUUUGGGGCGCUCAUCUCGCUUUAUCGGCCAAGGGAGCCGGCGUACAGCUUCCGGGUCACGUGGCCAGCAUGACUAAGCUGCUUCUGGCGAACUAGAGCAGCGCACAGAAAUGCCGUUUACCUUCCCGCCGGAGCGGUACCUAUUUAUCUACUUGCACUUUGACGUGCUUUCAAACUGCUAGGUUGGCAGGAGCAGGGACCGAGCAACGGGAGCUCACCCCGUCGCGGGGAUUGGAACCGCCGACCUUCUGAUUGGCAAGCCCUAGGCUCUGUGGUUUAACCCACAGCGCCACCCGCAUCCCUUUUCUCACAGUAGGGAACUCUUUAAAUAUGUCUCGAGUCCUCAAGGAAGUUUUCAUCAAGAGACCCUCUUAUGUUACUGCUCCCUCUCUUCUCCCUAGCUUCCUCUAGGCGGCGCUGUUAUAAAUAUAAGCUCUUUGGCGCAGGCAGCAUCUCUUGUGCUGUUCUGCAUACCUGAAGGUAAAAGGGCGUUUCGGUUGCCAAAGUCCAAAGGUGAUUGUGGCCCCCUUGUUCCCUUGUGUACAGCAGGCCUUAUUUGCCAGGUAAUGACCUGGGCUGUGCCCUUUGUUUGACAUUUGCUGCCUCCACCCAUUAUGUUUGCUCAGAAAAAAAGCAUACCUGGUUACUGCAGUGAAUAAGGUUUCUGGAGAUCGAUUGGCGGGCCCUUUUCCCCGCCCAUUUUUCACGAUGAUACUGUUGAAUUGCAUGCAAUUUCUUCCGCAACUCUGCUUGCUUUUAAGAAGGAAGAUUCUUUCCAAAAUGAAGUGUGUGUCUGCUGAUGUUAGCUCUGCCGCUUCUUUUCUGAUUAAAAACAAGGCUAUAAUAACAGCAAUUUAUAAGUUAUUACAGCGGUACCGCGGGUUGAGUACUUAAUUCGUUCUGGAGGUCCGUUCUUAACCUGAAACUGUUCUUAACCUGAAGCACCACUUUAGCUAAUGGGGCCUCCUGCUGCUGCUGCGCCGCCGGAGCACGAUUUCUGUUCUCAACCUGAAGCAAAGUUCUUAACCUGAAGCACUAUUUCUGAGUUAGCGGAGUCUGUAACCUGAAGCGUAUGUAACCUGAAGCGUAUGUAACCCGAGGUACCACUGUACUUACACCUCGCUCAUCUGGCUGGGUUUCCCCAGCCACUCUGGGAGGCUAUCAACAGGAGAUUAAAAAUACAUUAAAACAUCAGUCAUUAAAAAACUUCCCUAAGCAGGGCUGCCUUCAAAUGUCUUCUAAAAAUAAUAAUAAUAAUUUAUUACUAUAUGUAAUACAGUGGUACCUCUGGUUACAUACGCUUCAGGUUACAGCCUCCGCUCACUCAGAAAUAGGACCUCGGGUUAAGAACUUUGCUUCAGGAUGAGAACAGAAAUCGUGCUCCGUGUGGCGGCAGCAGGAGGCCCCAUUAGCUAAAGUGGUGCUUCAGGUUAAGAACAGUUUCAGGUUAAGAACGGAUCUCCGGAACGAAUUAAGUACUUAACCCGAGGUACCACGGUAUUAUUAUUGUUUAUUUAUAUGCCGCCAUUUGACUGGGUUGUCCCAGCCACUCUGGGCGGCUCCCGACAGAAUGUUAAAACAAAAUAAAACAUCAGACGUAAAAAGCUACCCUGUGCAUGAGUUCUUUCUGAGCAUCAGCAAUGGGUGUCUUGUUGCAUCACAACCUUUUCCUUUUUGUUGUGCUUGUCUUUGUUCUUGGCUUCCCGUGUUGUUGGUGGGACACCUGCCCUACCGACUGCCCAGUCCCCCCCCUCCCAACCUAUUAUUAGCCAAAUCACCUGAAUCAAGUCACAAGUUCACUGGUAUUUCUUUUGAAGAAUACCACCUGCAAGGUAACACAUGGUAGCUUAUAACGAGUGUGAAGUUUGAAGAGGUUUUUCCUUUUUUUAAUGUAUAAAAAUGGAUGAUCAAAAGCAGAUAAAUUUAGAUAACCAGGAGAAACUGAAGAAGAUGGCAGAAUGGAACAUGGUUCAAUAAAAACAUGGAGGGUGCAGCCAAAAGAACAAGGAAGAAGUUUACAAUUUAGAGUUGAAAAGAAAACAGUUAGAUUUAUUUGGGGCCUGCCUUACAUCUGCUGCAGAAUGAGAUGUUGGAGGUAGACUGGACUUCAGCUGGAUAAAUUCAACUCUUGAAUGAAAAUAAGUUUCAGUGACUCUUCCAGAUGGCAAACCUCUAGUUGCAAGGCACAGGUGCUCCAUUGUUAGCAUACGCUGAGGUUGUUUUUUUAAAAAAUAUAUUGUUUCAUUACGUUCCCUAGUAACCACAACUGUUUCAUUUCCCCAGUAACCACAACUGUUUCCUUUUUCCUUUUUUUUUCAGAGCAGAGAAGGCGACCUGCUAAACGAUGUAAGUUCACUCUUGAAAAAAUUGCAUUGCCUUGCUUAAAAGUUGAGGAAUAGCUGACCUGUCUUUUGAACCUGGUGUCACAAGAGGGCUCUUCACGCAUUUACCCAGAUGUGUACCCAUGGCUCUAUCCAUAAAGUAUCCCUGCCAACACCCUGUUUUAUGUGGUUCUAAGCUAACAACGUCCUAAUCAUAUAUCUCAGCUGGUAAAGUGGCGCAUCUUCAGUAUCUGACAAAAAGUUGUACAAUGAGGAUGACGGUUGCACUUCUGUGGGGAAGGAAUUCUACAGUUCAGAGGGUUGUAAGCGAAUUCUACGUUCUAAACUACAGUUGUACCUUGGAUCCCGAACGCCUUGGUACUAGAAUGUUUUGACCCCCAAAUGCCACAAACCCGGAAGUGACUGUUGCAGUUUUCGAACACUCAUUUGGAACCCAAACGUCUGAUGGGGCUUCUGAGGCUUCCGAUUGGCUGCAGGAACUUCCUGUGGCCAAUCAGAAGCCGCGCUUUGGUUUCCGAAUGUUUUGGAAGUCGAACGGACUUCUGGAACGGAUUCCGUUCGACUUCCAAGGUACGACUGUAUUGCUUUUAAAUUAUAUCAUUGUUUUGCUGUAAGUUGCUUAUUAUGGUUGGUUAGAAACCUGGCAAAUGAAUAAAUGUUUCUCGUGUUAACUCCUACUAAAGUUUCUGCGAACCAAAUCACAUUUCAGAUGUGAUCAGGCCACCAGAGGGAGUAUUAGAGACACGUAGCGGUCAAGUGAAGCAGACUUGAGAGGCUGCGUAAAUUGCUUGCUAGGAAAGCAUCCUGGCUAUGCUACCAUGGUCAGUGAACGAGAAAAGUGGCCUCCUUCAGAGCCAAAAUCCAUUUGCUUGCAUUAGGUACUACCUUUUCAACUGAAAGCAUUUUCAAAGGUAUCUCCUUUGUAAAACAGAAUAAAGAGAUGAAGACUCGGCUUUCUUCUUCUAAAAGUUAACUGUGUUGUCUUGCCUUGGACAAGAGGGUUCAGCCUGAGGAGCGUCUAGAUUUCAGGAAACAGAUCUACUGCAAUACUCGGGAGAGAUCUUCCAGUAAAUCCUGAUCUUCUUUCUGCCCACCCUUCUCCUAGAAGACUCAGAGGUGUAGGGAAAAUAAGGAUGUUUUAAAAUGCCUCUGCUGCAUUGCUAGAUCUCCAUUGGUCCCAGAGUGGGAGGGAAGGAACUCUGAAGUGUUACUGAACGCAAGGACCAGGGAAUGGAAGUGUUUUAAGUGAUUGAAAAAGGACCUUGGGUUUUUCCUCACCAGGGUUAAAUGGUGUUCAGCGGCUCCUGGCUCUUGGGAUGAUGAUGAUGAUGAUGAUGAUAAAUUUAUACCCAGCCCAUUUGGCAGAAUAUUAAAGGGACCCCUGACUGUUGGGUCCAGUCGUGGCCGACUCUGGGGUUGCGGCGCUCAUCUCGCUUUACUGGCCGAGGGAGCCAGCGUACAGCUUCCGGGUCAUGUGGCCAGCAUGACUAAGCUGCUUCUGGCGAACCAGAGCAGCGCACGGAAACGCUGUUUACCUUCCUGCCAGAGCGGUACCUAUUUAUCUACUUGCACUUUGAUGUGCUUUCGAACUGCUAGGUUGGCAGGAGCAGGGACCGAGCAACGGGAGCUCACUCCGUCGCAGGGAUUCGAACCACCGACCUUCUGAUCGGCAAGUCCUAGGUUCUGUGGUUUAACCCACAGCGCCACCCGCGUCCCUUAACAGAAUAUUAAUAAUAAUAAAAAAAAUAAAACAUCAAACAAUAAAAAAAAUUAAAAACUUCCCUAAGAUUAUCAGUUUCCUGCUUUCCAGUUCAACAGCUGUUCCUGUAUUAAUCGUUGGAAUAGUGUGCAAUCUUAAACCCAGUUGUAUGGCGAAAAGACCCUUCAGAAUCAAGGUGACUUGACUUUUGAAUGAAUUUGGCUAGAAUUUGGCUGUAAGAUCCUGUUUGUGCAACCUGUGUGGUAGAGUUGAAUAAAACCUUGUGGAAAUUAAGUUGCCCUGUUUUGGUGAUGGUUGUUUAAAAUGUGUGUAUUGUAAAAAUAAUAAUCACCACACGACUCCAUUUCCCUCCCUUCCCCAGCACAAAGUCCCACCCAGAGAGCACGAAGUUCUAGCAGGCCUCAAGCAGGGAUUCCGUCGAUAACUCUGGAAAGCUUUUUAAGUAAAUCCCGAGAAGAACUUUUGGAAUGUAAGUCACCUGAUUCUGUGUAUGCAAAUUCAGUUCCCGGAAUUCCAUCACGCUCUCAACAUUCUGUCACAUUAUUUUGGACUGGAAAGGUCCAGUGUAUUUUUUUUAAGUAUACACUAGUGGCCAAAAUUGUGGAAACCUUUUGGGAAAAGUGUCUUUCCGAGGUUUGAUGGCUCAUAACACCUGAUUGGCUCUCUAAACACUCAUGCUCAUUGGCUACAUUCAACCUAAACAAGUUGUGCUUCCUUUUUCUGAAUAAAUAAAAAAAAUUAAAAUUGUACAGUAGCACCUCAGAGACCAUCUAAGUUUGUUCUGGGUAUAAGCUUUCGUGUGCAUGCACACUUCUUCAGAUACCCUAAAACAGAAGUCACCAGACUCUUACAUAUAGUGGGAGGGUGGGGUAUUUCUCAGAAGGGUAGUAGGAGAUGGGUGAUUGGCUCAAUGGGUAUGGUAAAUUCAUUUUUUCUGGUUAUUUGGCUAUAAUGUUUGACAGAAUUCAGAUUGAACAAACCCUGCUGCAUUACAUUCUUCAUUAAAUUACAGUGGUACCUCAGGUUACAUACGCUUCAGGUUACAGAUGCUUCAGGUUACAGACUCUGCUAACCCAGAAAUAGUACCUCGGGUUAAGAACUUUGCUUCAGGAUGAGAACAGAAAUCGUGCUCCAGUGGUGUGGCAGCAGCAGGAGGCCCCAUUAGCUAAAGUGGUGCUUCAGGUUAAGAACAGGUUCAGGGUAAGAACGGAUCUCCGGAACGAAUUAAGUACUUAACCCGAGGUACCACUGUAUAUUCCCAUUGAUGUAUAAUUUUAUGGUAUUUCUCCAAAAAUAGUGGUGUUAUGAGCCAUGAAACCUCAGAAAUUUCCCAAAAGGUUUCCACAAUUUUGGCCACUAGUGUAUUAACGUAUGGGUCCUGUCCCCGUUCUCACACACUUUGUUUCUUUUUCCUCACACUAUCUUUGUAUAAAUGAAGUUCUCUUAAUAGCAAAGACUUAUCGUGCUCUUCUUCCCCAACCUUCCUCAAUUUCCCCUCUUGCUCUGUAAAAUAUCAGGUGGCCGUUCUUCUCACUUCUCCCCUGAACUUCCUUCUCCGCAGUUGCGACAAAAUUCACUCUGGAUUUCAACACCGCCCACAAGAAAGUGCUGCUCUCUGAGAGGAACACCAAGAUAUCCGUGUCGGAAACUCCUCAGAAUUACCCCCACCACCCUCAGCGCUUCACCUACUGCUCCCAGGUGGUGGCCUUCCAGUGUUUCAAGCGGGGCAUCCAUUACUGGGAAGUGGAGCUGGAGCACAACACUUUCUGCGGGGUCGGCGUCUGCUAUGGGAGCAUGGCAAGGCAGGGGGCGGAGAGCCGCCUGGGGCGUAAUGGCAGCUCCUGGUGCAUCGAGUGGUUCAACUCCAGGAUCUCGGCCUGGCACAACGACGUCGAGAAAUGCCUGCCCAACACCAAGCUGAAGAAGAUUGGCGUCUUGCUGAAUUACGACGGCGGCUUCGUCAUUUUCUUCGGCGUUGGCGAGAAACUCAUCCUGCUCUACAAAUUCCGGGCGCAGUUCACGGAAGCACUCUAUCCAGCGUUCUGGGUGUUCUCCAGUGGGACCACUAUCUCGCUGUGCCAGCUGAAGUGAAGAACGGAACCACCACCAUUUGCUUUGCUCACAUAGGGCCUGUCCGUAUGUUAUCUCUGUCUGUCUGUCUGUCUGUCUGUCUCUCUCUCUCUCUCUCUCUCUCUCUCUCUCUCUCUCAGAAUCCUUGGCUUCAAAGCAAAAGUUCACCCUUUUGACCUUGCUUUCUGGGAAUCUGAGGGCUACUAAAUCAAAGCCACAAUCCACUAAGAAUAUUGCCUUGCAGAAGCCUCUCUGAGAGUGUCCUUAGGAAACUUUCAGAGGUGUUUUCCUGUUGCGCUUUCGGUGGACUGUAUUCCUCAGGCACACAGAACUCCUGGCACGCGUUACAUGCAAGUCUGGGGCAUGUCUGAGCAGACGCUUGCUUUGCAUUGCUUCUGCCUCCAUUCCUAACACGCUGUCAGGAGUUCCGAGCACAGGAUAUCUAAGGUGUAUCCCCACUGCUGUGUCCCUGCCGGAAGAAUUCAGUUCUUGCCGUAUGGGCAGUGGCACACGCCCAAUCACACUGUCUCAGGCAGAUCAGGCUUCAAACAGAUUUCUCUUUGAAAUAGUCUGUUGUGAUGCUUAGGGCAGUAACUUCCGUUGGGAGUUGCGUUUUGAUAAACAAGAACAGCGCAGGGCUGUGGAGGUGGUUGGGCAUUCCUGUAUCCGAUAUUGCUAAUUCUGCUCUUGAAGAAGAGCAGGGGCAAUCAGUUUGGUAUCGCUGCACGGAGGAGAGACGCAAAACGGUCUCUGCAGACUAACUACCCGUGAUGUUACAAAAGGAACCCACCCACCCCCCUUCAAUCGUUUGGAACGUCCAUGAAGAUGCAGAUAAGCCCUUCUUAGCUUAAUUCAUUUCUUUGGAGUCAUGGGAACUUAAGGAGCUGAUUCUUUUGGAGGCUUUGAACCAUAUUCAGCAUGCCAGGACAGGAAGGUUGGACAGGAAGUGCUCAUGUUAUGGUUGCACUUCCUGGUCAGAGACCCUUGCUGAAGGGGAACAGCUUCCUUUAGAACAACAACAAGACAUCACCAGCAGCAGUCCAUGCUUCACACCCUCUGUCUCGUUGACCGCUUGGAAUAAAGCACUUCACUUCUCAUCCUGGUCCUUGAAAAUCUUAGUUGCGGCAUUUUUUUCUGAUUUUUGAGGUAUUGGGAAGAGGCUGUGGGUGAAAUGUGAGAUCUUUCAGGCUAGUCUGGUAGAUGGAAUCUUCUGCUCUUCACUGUUGGAGGAGAUUUUGAUCCCUCAUGUUGGACACAUGCAGUUCUCCCAAGGGCAGACUUUGAUAAUGUUUUGACUUAAAAGAUCACUAGUGUGAAGAACCAGCAUGCCCAACAUGGAUCAUGUCUCUGAGUGGUCCCUCCUAGUGGGCAUUUCAGACUUAAUGUGUGAUCUGCCAGUCAGCAAACUGGGAAGGACUUGAAGAAGCUGGAAAGCUAAGAUUUUCUAGUCAACAUCCUUAGCAUUCCUAUGUCUUAGAUUUCUUUAUUUGAUACCUGCUUCCGUGCCUUUCCGACAGUUACACAUCAUAAGCAAUUGAAGAGAACUUUGCAACACUCUUUAUUAAAGAGGAACAAGCUGGAGGCACUGCUAAGGUCUUAAGAAAAUGUGUGUUUUGUACUGUUGCUAGUAGGCAGCACGUUUGGCCUUUCUGGGGCCAGAACACGCACACUUUGCAAAGAUGCUUUUGACCACAUCUCUUGCCUUGAAGCUCUCCAGUUUAGAAGCCUCACAUGCCAGGGGUCUUCUGGCAGAGGUGAAAUGGAAACUGAGAAGCAUCGAUGCUAGACAUGAGCUGAGACCUCUGGAGAAAGCCUGAGAUAAAAGCAAAGUGCUACAGCAAGUUGGCCCACAUGUUUAAGAAUCAAGCCAUGGGUUUCUUCCCAUAGUCAAAGGAUUGAGUGAUAAUACACUGUUGGGAAAUAAUUCCUUUCCAAAUAUUCCAAGCAGUGACAGCUCUGCAUCCCUACUCGGCUUUUGCACCAAACGACUCUUCUUCAGAAUAGUCCAGGAAUCUGAGGCACAAGUUACUGAGACCUUCUGUGGAGCUUAUGAAAAUGUAGUAGAUCGUUGGCCCUCUUCCAAAAAACCCCAAGGAAGUUCAAGAAAGCCAGGAAAGAGUGAUGAAUGAGCUGAAAACAAAGUAGGGUGUGAGGCAGACAAGGGGAACACUACAGCGUUAAGCCGUAGUGUGACUUGAAACAAAAUACAGAAUAAACUUGAGGUAAUGGAAGAAUUGCUAGGGUGGAAGAAUUGCUGGAAUAGAGAUCUGAUUAUUCUUCUCCGGUCUAGCAAAACCUUGGUGAUCAGGAGCUCUGGGACCACAUUUCCCCCUAAUGAUCCAUGCCUAUGUAUUGUAGGAUCUGAGGACAUCAUCUCCCUCCAUAGAGAGAAUUUUGGGUGUGUAUCCUUUUUCUCAUAAGACCUACUAACUUCUUCUUUUUUUUUGGUAGAAGUGCCCUUGAGGACUACUUUCUCAAAUGAGUUGGGUAUUUUACUUUAGCUAUUCUUCCUACAAAUGCUUGUGGGCUCCACACACUUUUCCAUGUGUUUAAAGAACCCACAAGAUAUAAGGCACAGUAGAACCAGUUCCCCUUAUCCAAACUUUGUGUGGUUUGGGAUGUUUCCUACAGUGACUUGGUUGAUGCCCAGCUGCCCUUCUGCUCUCAUUACGAUCUAGCUUCCUUGAUCUUUGCUGAAAUCUUCUGAUUAUGUUCCAAUGGGUUUUGAGAUGAUGAUCUUUGGGAAUCUCACUACUUUUAGUCUUUUGCCUGGCACAAAUAUUGACCACGGGCUAAAAGUUGAUCACUGUUUUUGAUUGUUGAGAUAAAAAUGAAAGGUAAUCUGUUUCUUCUUAGGUUAAGGCUUGUUUCCUAGCCUAGAAUACCAUGGGGGGGGGGGUGUUAUGGCAAGACAGGCAGUAGAAUAAUACUAAUGGAUCCAGUCAAGCAAAAAUUAAACGUAUUAUGUCCUAUUGGUUUUGAGUGGAAGGAUGCUGAGCCUCAUUUUUCAACUCUGCCUUGAUAAUCAAUGAUACAAUUUGAUUUUCUGCUGUUGUUUUCCCAGACCAGAUGAAACCCUUCACCGAAAAGCAAUGUUUGCCUAGCAGUGUGGCUGUGUUUACAUGGAUACGUGGUUGGCUCAAUUAUAAUAAUCUAGUAUCUAAGCUACCAAUUUCUGCCCAGCUUUUCGGUGUAGUAAAUGCAAUGAAAGCUUAUCUUGUCUGCAACACUACUGGGAAAUAACUUCAGCAAGCUUGGAAGCUUGUACAGAAGAACAGAACAUAAAAAUCAAAAUCUAGCUAAUGUUUCUUCUAGUUCAGAUUGCGAACCAUGUUGGUCUGUGGGUUGUUUUUAAGAAGCAGAGGUUAAAAAUAAGAGAGUGAAUGUUUUUGGCAUUCCUCCUUUUUUUUGCCACUGGGCUGCCUUUGUGAUUGGCCCAUUACAGUGUCAGGCAAGACUCUGUCAAAUGUAAUGUUGCAAUGUAUCUUGCAGGUUGGCUUGAUGUUCAUUAAGUGAAAAUUCAAUAAAGUUUGAUUUUAUGAUCGUU